UGGGGAUAACAGUGCUCAGCUGGGCUAUAUGUGGCCUCAGUUAAUCCCCAAGACGAGUGCUGCCGACGUCCUUUCCUGAUUAUCAGUGAAAGUCCUCCACUGAGACACUAAAGCUGUUCCAUCCUCCCGAUCAAGCACACCGGCCACAUGAUGCCCACCUACAACCCUGACUAGUGUUGAUGUUAGCCCUGUGACCUUGUGCCCUUUCUGAAGGCCGUCAGCCAGGGCCAUCAUGAGCACCGACUCCGAACACCACGGCGAGCUGGCCGACCAAGUGGCGGCCAUGAACGUGGCCUCCAGUCGCACCACCACGCCCAAUGGCUAUCGGCCCACGGCCUUUCACCGAGCGCGGCUCUCCGACAGGAAGAUGUCCCUGCAGGAGCGUGGGAGCCGCAUCAGCCGGCAGCCGACCAUCGAGACCAAACGGGUGUCCAUCACGGAUGCUGAGGAUUGUGUCCAGCUCAAUCAGUACAAGCUGAAGAAAGAGAUUGGAAAGGGUUCUUACGGAGUGGUGAAACUAGCUUAUAAUGAAGACUCGGAACAGUAUUACGCAAUGAAGGUCGUGUCAAAGAAGAGGCUAAUGAAGCAGUAUGGAUUUCUGCGUCGUCUGCCACCUCAGGGCGCAGACUCCCAGCAGCAGGAGGGGGCGUUCCCUAAAGCGGUGAUGCCUCUGGAGAAAAUCUACCAGGAGAUCGCCAUCCUGAAGAAGCUUUACCACCCUAAUGUUGUCAAGCUGGUUGAGGUGCUUGAUGAUCCUGAUGAAGAUGGCCUUCACAUGGCCUUCGAACUGAUGACAAAAGGUCCAGUAAUGGAAGUGCCCACAGAUGAUCCCUUGACAGAGGAUCAAGCUCGCUUUUACUUCAGAGAUGUUGUCUUGGGCACAGAGUAUUUGCACUUCAACAGGAUCAUCCAUAGAGACAUCAAACCUUCCAAUCUGCUGCUGGGGGACGACGGCCAUGUCAAGAUCGCCGACUUUGGCGUGAGCAACGAGUUCGAAGGCACCGACGCCCUGCUGUCGAGCUCGGCAGGGACGCCGGCCUUCAUGGCGCCGGAGACAAUGACAGACCAAGAGCAGGGCUUCAGCGGAAAGGCUUUAGACGUGUGGGCGAUGGGAGUUACGCUCUACUGUUUUGUCUACGGGAAGUGCCCUUUUUAUGACGAGUACAUUGUCUCCCUGCACAACAAGAUAAAGAACAAACCUGUGGAGUUUCCAGAAAACCCCUCGGUUAGUGUUGAACUAAAGCAUCUCAUUGAGAAAAUGUUGGACAAGGACCCUGAAACCAGAAUCACCAUCCCUGAGAUCAAGCUCAACCCGUGGGUGACUGAGGGCGGCGCCAGCCCUCUGCCCCUGGAGGAGGAGCACUGCACGGCGGUAUAUGUCACAGAAGAGGAGGUGCAGAACAGCGUCACACUCAUCCCCAGCCUCUCCGCUGUGAUUCUGGUGAAGUCCAUGCUGAGGAAGCGCUCCUUCAGUAAUCCCUUCGAGUGUCCUGCCAGGCGAAAGGAGCGAUCCAUGUCUGCCCCCGGUCUUCUUAUUGGUUCUUGGGGCCUGUUGGGAUCCUCGGCUCACCUUCAUCCUUCUUUGAGGAACAUCAGCCAUGACGGCAGCAGAGACGGCGAGCUGGAGGACUUGUAUGAAGAUGACGCGUUCACAGAGUGCACAGAUGACACUGAUGCAUGAGGCUGUUGUCGGUUGUGUUAUUUUUUUGUAUUCUAACAUGACCAUUGCCAUUGUUGCAUCUGUUUCUCACAGUAGCAAAUACAUCCGGUGAUACGGAGAAUCACCAAUUACAGAAAUUCCACACUAAAGUCAGUCAAAGAAGGAAAUUAGAUCAAGUGAAGUAAUUGAUAAAUUAUUGGAUAUUUUAUGCAUUGUUAAAAACAAUGUGUUCUGUGUAAAAAAAAAAAAAAAAGAAAAGAAAAAAAAAAGAUUUGUUUACAUUUUCCUACUAUAAUAAAAACGUAAUCUCAGCCAUG